ACACUGUUUUUUUUGAUACCAUGGAAGCAAAGGAAAUCCUUUCCAAUAUGGAUCCUUACAACGGUCGUUAUUCCGGGGAACACUACGCGAAAUGUAACCAGCAAGAGAAAAUAGCUUUAUACGAUAACUGGGCUUCCAUGUAUGAUGCGGAUUAUGGGGCUGAUCGACGACGUGGGCCUUUUAUCACGGCGGCUGAACUCGGAGCAUGCAUAGCUGAUGAAAAACACCGGAAGUUUGUUCGGAUACUUGAUGUUGCAGCAGGAACCGGAAUCGUCGGGGAGGAGUUACAGAAGCUGGGUUUUGCUGAGAUUGACGCCCUCGACCCCUCCCCAGGGAUGCUUGACCAGGCCCGAAAAAAGGGGGUCUACACGAACUUCUUAUGUCAGUUUCUAACUGAAAAGCCCUGCGACAUAAUGACCGGAAGUUAUGAUUGCGUUGUCAUGUGCAGUGCCAUAGGAUCCGGUCAUGUGCCAGCAGAGGCCUUCUUGGAGAUUCAGCGAAUCACACGCCCUGGUGGCUUCGUCGUCCUGGCAGCUAACGCUAAGGAUUUACACAAGGAGUAUGGAAGUUGCAGACAGGAAUUCUGUUGCGUGUUUGAUACAUUAGAAGCCCAAGGCAAAUGGAUCAAAGUCACAGAGAAGACAUUCCCUGAUUAUCGUGAGGACGUUGACGGGAUCACCAUGACAUUCAGAAAGUGCUAGCGAGGCCGUGGACAUUUCAAGGAGAAUGUUGACAUUAAGAUAUUCAGGGGGUGCUAGUGAUGUCACAUGUGAUAUCCAUAUGUGCUCAUCGCUUACUUGUAUAUAUCUAUGUUAGUCAAAUACAUUCAAGUUAGUUAUGUUCAAUAUCAAUAUUGUCUAUAUCAAUUAAUACUUCUAUAGUUAGCCUUCAAAGUGUUACACCUUUACUAACCACUCUCAAAUGUAUACAGCUCUGUUGAGUGAGUGAAAAUAGAAUUCUAGUGUGUUUCCGAUAUUUGCAACCAGUCUAUCGUAAACGACUCUUAAGGUAAGUAAAAUAACAUGAUCAUUGUUGAACCAGUGAACAAAUUCCAUGUCGCUUUAUACACGAUCAUCAUAGUGGCGUGAAAGGCAAAAUAAAAAUUCUUCAUCUACUUACAUCUUUCAUUAUUAGCUUUAAAUUUCAUAUUUUGAUCAUUGUUACACACAAGCAGGUAAGGAAGCAGACGUAUCACCACUGUGGAUAUGGUCUUUAAUGUUUUCAAACAGGUUACUCGGGUAUGAAUCUCGGCGCCAAAAUUGAGGGAUUAAACGGGUAUGUACAUAUAUUUCCACUGGAAAAUGAUCCUAUUUGGAAUUAUUUUCCUCGUGCGAUAUGAAGGCGUGUUUGAUGUCUACUGAUAGGCCUAGUAAUUCCUCUGUCACCGCCCUCAUUUCGUCUGUUUGUAGAUAUAUCGAGUAGUUCAUUUGUCACCACCAUAACUCAUCUGUUUGUUGAUAUACCGAGCAAUGCAUUGGUCACCAUCCUAACUCUCAUCUGUUUUUUUUUUUUAUAUCGCUAGUAGUUUUUGUGUCACCACCCUAACUCUCGUAUGGUUUGUUGAUAUACAAAGUAGUUCCUUUGUCACCACCCUAACUCUCAUCUACCUGUUGAUAUACCCAGUAGUUCCUUUGUCACCACCCUAACUCUCAUCUGUUUGUUGAUAUACCCAGUAGUUCCUUUGUCACCACCCUAACUCUCAUCUGUUUGUUGAUAUACCCAGUAGUUCCUUUGUCACCACCCUAACUCUCAUCUGUUUGUUGAUACACCCAGCUCUUUUGUCACCAUCCUAACUCUCCUCUGUGUAUUGAUAUACCCAGUAGUUCCUU